AUGCCGGAUGCAAAAAAUAAGGGUGGAAAGGGAGUUCGAAGGCCCCGGCUAGAGCCAACUGAGCAACAACGAGCAGAUAUAAAGGAAGCAUUCGACCUCUUCGAUGUCGAGGGCACAGGGACCAUUGAUGCCAAGGAGGUGAGAGUGGCGUUAAGAGCCCUAGGCUUUGAACCAUCGAGAGACGAGCUCAAGCGGCUGAUAGCAGAGGUAGAAAGAAACAAGAAGUACGCGGGAAGCACUGACGGAAUGGACAAACAGAGGAACACAGCGGCUCAAGGUGCUGGACAACCUUCUUUGGCACAGCUGGACUAUAAUGACUUUCUGGAAAUUAUGAAAAUCAAAAUGAACGAAAAGCCCACUCGAGAGCAACUCAGCAAAGGUUUCUUGGCGCUUGCAAAUGGAAAGGAUGUCAUCACUUGGGACGACUUGAAGAAAGCCUCUGUCGACUUAGGGGAGAAGCUGUCGGACGAGGAGCUUCGAGAAAUGCUUGCACAUGCAUGUCGUGGAAGGUCGUCACAGGUGACAGAAGAAGACUUUUUCCGAAUACUAAGGAGCUAG